UUGAUGUUCGCGGCAGAAAGCCGACAUCGUGACUUUGGGAAGUUGUCGUAUUCUCGAGGAUAAAAGGAAAUUAUGAAAGCCAACUUGUAAUAGUAUUUUAGUCAAAAACCGAAUAGUCGAAAACUACAAUAAAAGAAAUGGCUACAAAGAUCAUCAAUAAGACAGUCACGGAAUUGUCCCUUCGAAUAACACGAUGCUUCUUUGUCUCGUCUAAGGCAAUUCACACCAAUGCAGCCCUCUUCCAAGAAAGAUUGGAAACCUCACUAACAAAUGACGAAGAACAGUUGCCAACUACAAUGAGGCCACCUUUACCCAUCAUAUAUUCAAGAAAAUUAGCUUUUACUCCCAAAUUUAAGGCUCCACGCCAAGUGUGGGUAUCAAACAUGGAUACAGUUGAGGAAGAAAAAUUGGGGCUAAUUGACUUGCAUCCAGAAGUGUUUGCUGAACGUCCUAGAGUGGAUAUCAUUCAUGAAAAUGUUAGGUGGCAACAACUAUAUCGCCAUGUGUCCUACGCUAACACGAAAGUGAGGUACGAAGUAAGGGGAGGUGGUAAGAAGCCCCGGCCGCAAAAAGGCAGUGGUAGAUCCCGGCACGGAUCAAUCCGUUCUCCCAUUUGGAAAGGUGGUGGGAUUGUUCACGGUCCGCGAUCUCCCACACCGUAUUUUUAUAUGUUAGGCUUUAACACGCGGCUCAAUGGACUUCGAUCUACUCUCUCUGCGAAGCUCGCUCAAGAUGAUCUGCACGUUGUAGAUUCGUUAGACAUACCGACAGAUGAUCCAUCAUAUUUGGAAAAGCUCGUCGAAGAACGAGGUUGGGGACCGGCUGUUUUGUUCGUGGAUGACAAUGACAUCAUGCCCUUAAACAUCACUGCAGCAUCGGAUUUGUAUGGUCAUUACAAUCUCAUGCCUGUCUAUGGUCUAAACGUGUACAGUAUGCUGAAACACCACACAUUAGUCUUGACUCUUGCAGCCGUUGAGCGUAUUGAAGAGCGGCUUCUGUUCCAUCUGAAUCGCAAUGACGCCGCUUCAGCUGGGCAGAAAUAUAGACUAGAUUCCGUAUAGGCUGCUGUCUAAUUGUAGUCCCUGUUGGAAAGUAAUUAUAUUUUCAUGUUUUCAUUCCUUAAUAAAGAGAUUUGAAAACCC